GUUUUAUUUUUGUUGGUAAAAUAAUGGUUAUUGUUGCAUGUGUUUUACAAUGGAAUGCUAGAUGAAUCCGAUAAUUGGCGGCGAUGUCAGGCAGAAAUAUGAUAACGCGCUUACCAGCAAUCGAAAUUACCCUUUGUUUUUUGGUUUGGAUAGUACAUUGUUUCGCGGCAUUUUACAUCGCGUGGAAUGUCUCUUUCAGUUUUCGCCACAAAAUAGCUCUGAAAGCUAGCGAGUACGGUUCUGAAGUAUAUAUAAAUGAUUACGAAAAAGACCAUACCGAUUCUGAAUGGGAAUUUUACUGCAAAUCGCUAAACCGAAUAUUGAUCAUCAAUAUUUUACACAUGGUGCUGUUCAAAAUUUGUCCAUUUCUUCUACCGAAACGUUUAUCACAGUGUUUAUUACUGGUAUUUUGGGUUGCUGCAGAAGUCUUCUUCACAAGUGCCACUUGCGUUACAGUUGUAUUCAUCCUGGCUGUCGUAAUGGGUAUUCUAGCGAAAUACUGGCGCAAUGAACUAGUUUAUUGGUUCAUCCUCAUAAUGUUUAUAGUCAAAAUUCAUUCAAUCAUAAAUUUCGAUAAAAUUGCAGAUGUUUAUUACAGAGAAUUCAAUUAUUACCUGUAUAGCGCCAUAAAGAUUCUUAAUUUUUGCAUUUAUUUAUUACGAACGAAGGACAUAAACAUCACUCCAUCCUUAUUUUUCCGUUAUAUGCAAUACAUAUUUUAUCCGCCAUACUCAAUUGUUCUAAUUGUUCUAUUUAAUGAUUUUGAUGCAGAAAUGGCAGAGAUUGAAAACGGUUCCGCCAAAUGCAUUAAUUGCAGAGUUUUGCUGAUACGUUUGGUACGUAUUGUAGCCUGGUUCUUAGCAUUCGAAAUAAUAUUACAUUUUAUCCACGUUCAUGCAGUUCUCGCCAUCAGCCCAGCUUUAUUUAAUACUCUCAAUGAAUAUGAGUUAGCGAGUAUAUCAUAUGUAAACGGCAAAUUGUUUUAUAUAAAAUACUUGUUGAUAUUCGGGAUUCCAUCUUGGUUCGCUUUGGCCGAUGGUAUGAAACCUCCAGCGGGACCCGUUUGCAUAUCUCGUAUCAGCAAAUACUCACAGAUGUGGCGCAGUUUCGAUAGGGGCCUUUACAUAUUCCUCAAAAAACAGUUAUAUAUGCCAGUAUCAGGUGAUCCUAGCAGCAAAUACUUUUCACUACGUCGUUUCGCAGCAUUGGGAACUGUAUUUCUCUUUGUACUUGCUUGGCACGGAAUCUCGUCAAAUUAUUUUUACUGGGUUUUACUUAACAGUCUUGAAAUAUCCAUAGAGUGGUUUGGAGUAUCAGUAUCCAAAACUGCUUUCUAUAGCAAGAUCCGAAACUUCCUGGGGCCGAGAGGAGAACGACGGCUUAUCGCAUUUUUGAUGAUAACUACUGCUGUGCCCGGAAUCUUUGGUGUAUUUUUCUUUCUCAGUCGAAAAGAAAUCGGAAUUAUUAUUUUUAAACGGUUGUUUAUCAAUUUAGUUGGUACAGUCAUGCAAUUCACCCUGAAUUUACCAAACAGGUCACUUUAUUAUUAUGCGAUCUUUGCGCACUUCAUAGUACUUGGAUAUUGCUUUAACCAUGUUUGCCUUGAGCUCGAAAAAUACUAUACCGUCAAACAAGUUUCGGGAGAUGAAGUUAAACGAAAAAUACUGUAAACCAGUCGAAAUUCGGUGAUAAAUACAUAUCGAAUACGAAUAUAAUAAUCCUCUGCAGACAACAUGAGGGAAACAUUUGAGAAACUUUGCAGUGUCGCGACAUUUACGAUCGAAUCAAACAACCAUUUUAUAAUUUUUCGCCG